AUGAUUUUAAUGCUAAUGGGUCUCACUGCAAUAGAACGUUAUUUACUCGUUUUUCACAAUCAAUUUCUUCAUCAACAUUUAAUUGUUCUUCAUUAUAUACCAAUGAUUUUUUGCAUUAUUUAUCCAAUAGGACUCUAUACUUAUUUAAUUUUUUUCUAUCCUUGUAUUAAUCAAUUUACUUAUACUAUGAUUACAUGUGGUGGACCUUGUUAUUUCUUUGAAACGAGAAUUAGCAUUUUGGAUCAAUUUAUUGAUCUUGUUUUUCCUGUUACAGUUAGUAGUCUUGCUAGUCUUGCACUAUUAAGUCGUGUUCUAUGGCAAAAACGUCGCAUGCAACAAGGUCGAAUGUGGCAAAAAAAUCGACGCCUUCUCAUACAAUUAUUAUAUAUUGUAAUAUUGUACAAUCUUGUCUGGCUGCCUAUGAUAAUUUGUUCAUCAAUUAUGCUUUUUUCUCCAAUCCCACAACCUUUCUUGAUCGAAUUAAGUAUCAAUAUUUUACCAUAUGGCAUCUACAUUGUCAUCUUGGUGUGUCCUUUUGUUUCAUUAAUGAGUUUACCUGAACUAUGGCCUCAACACAAUCCAAAUAUUCGUCCAUUAGCAAAAAACUGA